AUGUCAAAGUGGUCUAUACUCCCGCUUCCAAAUGGCAACAACACCCCUCAUCUCCUUUAUAAAUACGUCACAAGCAAGUCAGGUUGCGAAAUUUACUUGACAGAUCUGGCGUAUAUAUGGUCACAGAGCCUAAGCCGCAGAGAAAUCUUAAAUGACGCAUCCAAAUAUAAUACGAGCAUUGACCCGAGCGAAGAUGAGGAACAGUAUUUUGUUCUUCUGGAGAAAAUUGCUGAUGCUCUCCGAGGGUCUGGGGGCAGCUCGAUAUCAUUGACAAGAGGCCCUGGAAGCGAAGAUCUCAAGCUCAUCACAUCAACAAAUCUACCUCCUCCAUUGGAUCCUUUAGAGUGGACGUUUAGCCUUUUGCAGCUGCCCCCUGUUACUUUAACUAAACACAUCCUGCUUCCAAUUUUAAAGGGGGAGGCGAAUCAUGAAGCUCGUGUUUUGUCCCUGAUAGACCAUAUAAAGCAGAAAGACUGGACUCUUAGCAAGUUAUUUGACAAAAUAGAGUCUUCUGGUAUGGACUUGAGCACUGUGUUCCCUGGCAUGGGAAACGUACGGCUGUAUCGAAAAGAAUCCAUAUAUUCUCAAGCGUCGAAACACAUUAAAGGCGCUGCACCAUUUGACGAAGACUCAUGGAAGCUUGAGUUCCAAGCUAAGGAUGCUGAUUACAAUCUGGGAGUUCACAUUGCGAAGGAGCUUUCGGGCCCGUUGGUUGAGCUACCAGCCGAUGACUUCAUUCUCGAAAAUUGGUGGGAUAAAUUAGGCGAAGGAGCUGUUAACAGGCCAAAAAUAGCAACCAAGGGCAAAGCUCAGGAAAACCUCACAGCGAGGAAAUCACCCUCCCUGGAGGAGCUGAAGGAUGAAGAGGAAGAGGCUACCCAAAGUGAUGAUGCUGAUGAAUUUCAGACCAUGGAAACACCCCAAAGGCUGAAAAGCCCCAGCCGCAAACAGAAAAGAAGUUCUUCACCUGAAUCUCCUAAAUCCAAAUCAAAAACCAUACGAAUGGGAACCACUGGGUUUCACACCAAACAUGAAAAGGAGUCAUCUGCACUAAGUUCAGUGGAAACCGCUACGUCUGAGGAUGGAGAUCCGCGUCCACCCCAACAGCGCGGGCCAAAGGCCAAGGGGCUCGGAACUAUUGGCGGUAAACAACCGACAAAGCGAAAGCAAUCACCCGUGGAAUCAUCAGAAUUCACAGAAUCUGAAGACUCAGAGUCUGUGGCAAAAGAGGUAUCAAAACCGAAAGCCAAGGGCCCGGUUGGAAUGAUCGGUGGGAAGAAAACUCCCAAGAAACCGAGGCAAGAAGCACCAUCAGAAUCCACAGCAUCGGACGUUUCUGAUGUUACCAAACCAAAGCGAAAGCCAAAACAAGCCGAAAGCCCCAUAGAUUCUGAAGGCGUUCCUACCGCAUCGGAACAUGAGACUGAAGAAUCAACUUCACCACCAAGCAAACGAAAGCGGUUAGAUCAUAAGGAACCCACGGGAUCACCCCCUGCAUUAAAACAACAACUUAGGUCCGGUAAUGUUGGUGGAAUAGGUCAGAUCGGCGGCAAACAGAGAAAGAAACAACCCGAGAUGAUUGACGUAGGAAAAAAAAGUGACAAGAAUGAUGACACCGAAGAGGUAACAUCACCAGUGCCCCGUCAGACCUCAGCAAAACCCCAACGACCAGGUGGCAAGUUAGGUAUAAUUGGUGGUCGUAGCAGGCCGGCACCAAAAUCCCCGCCAGCCAGUGACGAUGUAAACCGAGCACCGGGUGGAGAACUGUCGGAAUCACCAGUACCAUCUACGAGUGGAAAGCCCACGAUCGCCACGGGGGCGACGAAGCAGCCACCAUUGAUUCCGGAGGAGAAAGAAAAAGAAGCUGAACAGGAAAAAAUCGAAGAGACUCCUGAGGAACGGGCAAAUCGCAAAAGGCAGGAGUUGAGGAAGCAGUUGGAGGCUAGGAACAAUGCUGGCGGCGCUGGUGGGCCAGCGAAGAAGAAGAAGAAGAGACGGUUUUAG